UUGUCCUCUCUCUCCCAUACUUCCACCAUUCACGGACCCCACAAUUCCUCUAAACCCCUUCUUCUCCCCCCUUCUCUCUCCCUCUCUCUCUCGCAGCAAUAAUGCCAGCCUCCUCCUCAGAAACUAGGAACAGGUGGAGGAAGCGGAAGCGAGGAGAGCAGUCCCGAAAACCUAGACCUCAACCCCAACACCACCACGACGAGGACGAGGAGGAUUAUGAAGAAGAAGACGAUGUCGACCUCGAUCAGCAGAACCCACAUCCUGAAUUUGAUGAUGACCUCAGCAAUUCAUCCGAUCCCACUGCCGCCACAGGAGCAGAGAGUGAGGUCAUAUCCGAUGGCGCCGUACGAAUCUCCACCUUUCCUUCUGUGAUCAAGCAGACGGUAAAUCAGCACCAUUACUCGGUGAUUCAAAUUGUUGCCAGGGAGAGAGCUUGCCAAACUGGAGACAGUAGCAGUGGUGGCAUGAACUGCCCCUUCUUGGAGAAUAUUUCACACGGCCAGCUCCAGGCGUUGUCUGCCAUGCCUAGGGAUGCUCCUGCUCUGACUGGCGGAGACUCAGAAGGGUCUUUUGUAAUUACACCGCCUCCCAUUAUGGAGGGUCGUGGUGUUAUCAAGAGAUAUGGGUCGAAUCGGGUCCACGUUGUGCCAAUGCACGCAGAUUGGUUUUCACCAACAACAGUAAACAGGCUAGAGAGACAGGCGGUUCCACAUUUUUUCUCAGGGAAAUCAAUGGACCACACUCCAGAAAAGUACAUGGAUUGUCGUAACCGAAUUGUUGCUAAAUACAUGGAAAAUCCAGCAAGGAGGUUGUCAACUUCUGAUUGCCAAGCUUUUCUAGUCGGUGUUGAUGCUGAUGAUGUAACUAGAGUUGUGCGAUUUCUUGAGAACUGGGGUGUCAUCAAUUAUUGUGCUGCUCCGCUGAAUAAUCAUGAUCCUAGAAAUGAGGGCUCGUAUCUGACAGAGGAUUUAAAAGGAGAAUUACGUGUGCCGGCCACGGCUUUGCGAUCUAUUGAUAGCUUAAUCCAAUUUGAUAAACCUAGGUGUAGGAUAAAAGCAGCAGAUAUAUAUCCAGAAUUGGCUGUUGAUAGUGAUGAAAACUCUGAUUUGGACAGCAGAAUACGUGAGCUAUUAUCUGAAAAUCGGUGCAAUCAUUGCUCUAUAUCUCUUGGUAUUGUCUACUAUCAGUCCCUCAAAGAGAUUGAGACACUAUUAUGCUUGAACUGCUUCAAUGAGGGGGCAUUUGUUGCUGGUCAUUCAAGCCUGGAUUUUAUAAAGGUUGAUUCCACCAAGUAUUAUGGAGAUCUUGAAGCAGAUAGCUGGACUAAUCAGGAAACCUUAUUGUUGCUGGAGGGUAUGGAACUCUUCAAUGAGAAUUGGAUUGAGAUUGCUGAGCAUGUUGGCACCAAGUCAAAAGCUCAAUGUAUCCUCCAUUUCGUACGCCUCUCUAUAGAUGAGACUCCUCUGGAAAGUAUUGAAGUUCCAGCUGCUUCAAACUUGCCCAAUGGUAAUGGAUGUGGAAAACCACAAUCGUAUGCAAAUGGGAAAGCAUCCAUCAUUGAAGACCCUGAAUUUGAAGACAGAUUGCCAUUCGAAAAAUCUGGAAAUCCUGUAAUGUCUCAGGUUGCCUUUUUGGCGUCUGCAGUGGGACCGAGAGUGGCUGCAGCCUGUGCCCAUGCAUCUUUGGCAGCAUUGUCUGAGGAUGAUCAUUUAGGUGCUUCUGAAAAUGCGGGAGUGGUGGACGGAUCUGUGUCUGAAAAUAGGAUGAAUUCAGAAACCAUCAAUGGUAGAGAUGAUUGCACUCGUGCAGAUACCAGAAACCCAGUUCAACAGAAAGUCGAGAUCUCGGGAGUACAAGGCGCCAGGAGCCAAGGUGAUGCCAAUGUCACUUGUAUAUCUUCUGAGAAGAUGAGAAAUGCAGUACGAGCUGGUCUUGCAGCAGCUGCAACGAAAGCAAAGCUGUUUGCGGAUCAUGAAGAACGAGAAAUUCAAAGGCUGUCUGCUAAUAUUAUCAAUCAUCAGUUGAAGAGGCUAGAGUUGAAGCUGAAGCAAUUUGCUGAAGUUGAGAGCUUAUUAAUAAAAGAGUGUGAACAACUGGAGAGGGCAAGGCAACGGGUAUCGGCUGAGCGAGGUCUGCUCCUUUCCUCCCAGUUUGGACCUGGUGGUGGUGUAACCAGACCCACAGGCUUGCCAGGUGUCGGUCCUUCACUGGUUAACAAUGCUGCAGCUGGAUCUAGCCGGCAACAGGGGUCACCUGCACAGCCGUUCAUUUCAGGAUUUCCCAGUAAUCACCCACAACAACCUAUGUUUGGUCUCGGUCCACGGCUGCCCCUUUCAGCUAUAAACCCGUCAUCAUCAUCCGCCGCCUCUCCUCAUCCCAUGUUGAGACCCGUGUCAGGAAGUAGAUCUGGGUUUGAGUAGAUUUCGUGUUUUCCUCCGAAUUAUGUCAGAAGAAGGUAUUUGUUCAUUAGGCAGGCAGGCUACUCAUGUUAUUCUGACUCGAUUGCUGUUUUUGUUCUUGCUCACAUAGGAUGCUAAGAUUGUCGGUAUUGUACAGCGAUAUUAUGUAGCGAUUUAGCAUUGUGAUAUUUGCAUUAUGUAUGCUUAUGGAACAAACAAGGUUUUUAGUAAAUUCAUGAAGCAGCAUUGGGUCGGAUAACA